CUCAGAAAAACCCUUUUCUCAGUACCUAAUUCUACUUCCUCUGGAAUUAUGAUUUUCACAUGAUCUACAGAAGGUGAUUAAGAUGACCCAACCAUCGGUGAUACUAGCUACGGCUAGCUAUGAUCACACUAUUCGGUUUUGGGAGGCGAAAAGUGGCCGUUGCCACCGCACCAUCCAAUACCCUGAUUCGCAAGUUAAUAGGCUUGAGAUAACCCCAGAUAAACGGUACCUGGCUGCAGCGGGUAAUCCUCAGAUUCGUUUGUUUGAUGUUAACUCCAACAACCCUCAACCUGUAAUGAGUUAUGAUUCACACACUAAUAAUGUUAUGGCCGUGGGAUUUCAAUGUGACGGAAACUGGAUGUAUUCUGGUUCUGAGGAUGGCACUGUAAAGAUUUGGGAUUUGAGGGCUCCAGGUUGUCAAAGGGAAUAUGAAAGUCGAGGUGCUGUUAACACUGUUGUCUUGCACCCAAAUCAGACUGAACUGAUAUCUGGAGACCAAAAUGGAAACAUCCGUGUUUGGGAUUUGACAGCAAAUUCUUGCAGCUGUGAAUUGGUGCCCGAGGUAGACACAGCAGUGAGGUCUCUGACAGUCAUGUGGGAUGGGAGCUUGGUAGUUGCUGCAAAUAAUCAUGGGACAUGUUACGUUUGGCGCUUGUUGAGAGGGAACCAGACUAUGACCAACUUCGAGCCACUUCACAAGCUACAAGCACAUAACACAUACAUCCUCAAAUGUCUACUUUCACCUGAGUUUUGUGAACCCCACAGAUAUCUGGCUACUGCAUCUGCUGACUCCACAGUCAAGAUAUGGAAUGUUGAUGGAUUCACAUUGGAGAAAACUUUAAUAGGACAUCAUCGUUGGGUAUGGGACUGUGUUUUCUCUGUGGAUGGUGCCUAUCUCAUUACAGCUUCUUCUGAUACAACCGCCAGACUCUGGUCUAUGUCAGAAGGUGCAGAUAUAAAGGUGUAUCAAGGACACCACAAAGCAACUGUUUGCUGUGCCUUGCAUGAUGGAGCUGAGGCUUCCCCAUCCUGAACCCAAGAAUUGAGUUUCUUAGAUCAAUUGUAUCAGCGGAUUUGCAUUUUAUGCUUGUAUAAAUUGUACAGUUACUUCUUGUUCGUUGUCACACUCCUAUUCAAUAUUGUGACCCCAACAAUGACCUGGUCUUGCUACAUUG